AAUUCGAGAUUUUUAAAAGCAGUGGAACAGCUGUCAUUAAUCAUUGUUUUUGGGGAGCGGCACAGGGCGAGGAGAGGCGUGCGGAGGCCGGGCUGUGCUCUCCGGGCUCCACGGGAGCCUUGAGCUGGCUGCUGCAGAGGUGAGGGGGCGGGCGGGACAGCAGACACACAGGUGGUGCUGGCCCCGAGCGGCCGGCACACAGAGCCUCCGAGCUUGGGUCAGAUCCUGUCCAGCAAGCCCCCGGCUCGGGUACACCUGGUAGCUUACGACCGCCAUACACCCUCUGCGGCCUCUGUCCCCUGGAAGGGACAGAUGGCGGCGUUUCUGAGUGCGGUUUCGGGAGGAGCUGUGCUGGUGUUCUUCCUGACUCUGCUGGAUGAGAAGUGUGUCACUGUGUACGAGCCACCAAAAAUAGGAUCUACAAAAGACAAAAGUCUUACAUAACGGCGCCCCCCUGAGGCAGCUGGCGUCAGUGUGGGGGACUGUCCUCUGGUCCUCUCUCCUUGUCCUCGGGGCGAGCACAGUGGUUUGUGACGCCACCUCGCUGCACUGUGAGCCCCUCGUGGGCCCUUGGGGCUCGGGUGGUUUGGGCUAUGGCAGUGGAAGGGUCCCGAUGGCCCUGUGCGCCCACGCACGAGCUCUGAGGGCCCCGGGCUGCAUAGGGCACUUUCACGGGGCCCACAGAAUUCCCCGGCCCCGUGGCUGGUCAUCCAUCUGGACUGUGUCUGUGGCAUGGGGUGAGGGGUUACAGACCUUGGUGCUGUCGGCAUUCCGUGGGCACAUUUGUUCCCAGGCGUUUGACCAAGCAGUGGCCAAGGAUGUGUACCUGGCUGUCGGCUUCUUCCAGCGUGGGGUGGCCAACUUCCAGCUGGAGAGGUCCCAGGAGGCCCUGUCCGACUUCCAGGUGGCCCUGGCCCGGCUGCGGGGGAACAUGGCCAUCGACUACACGCAGCUGGGCCUGCGCUUCAAGCUGCAGGCCUGGGAGGUGCUGUUCAACGUGGCGGCAGCGCAGUGCCGGCUGGGACUCUGGGCCGAGGCGGCCCGCAGCCUGGAGGACGCCGUCUCCAAGGGGCCCGAAGGCGCCCGCCGUGACCUGGACGCGGCCCUGGCCCGAGUGCAGGAACAGGGCACCCUGCAGCCUCGGAGUGUCCCCAGGGGUGAGGUCUUCCGGCCUCUCCGGCGCUACCUGGAGCACCUGAAGCCCAUGGACUUCCUGGGCAAGGCCAAGGUGGUGAUGGCCUCUGGCACUGGGCUUCAGCAGCCCCAGGUUCCGGACCAGGGUCGGGGAGCCAGGCCCAGGGCGGGCCUGAGGGCCCACGACACAGGCCCCUGCGGAGCCGGAGCCGGCACACCUCUCGGCCCCGGGACGCCCCCCAGCACAGUCACGGAGGUCGGAUCUGGCCGGGCAGGGCGGGCUGAGCACCGUGCGCGUGUCUCCGAGGGUGAGCAGAGACCCCCCCCGGAGCAGGCUAGCCAGCAGGCUCCUGUAGGGAGUGGCCGCAGGGGACCGCACGCGCUCGGAGGCCGUCACGGUGCAGUGUGCCUUUACCCUGGCCCUGGAGGCCCCGCGAGGAGCCAGCCUGUCCAGCCUGAGGGCCCUGCUGAGCGAGGCCCUCCCUGCCCAGGCGCAGUGCGGGCAGCUCAGGUGGGCACCUCUCAGCCCGGGGAGGGGCCGGAGCUGGAAGAGGGGCGGCCGCACCGGGGGCUGCGGGUGUCCGGGAUCCGCAGCAGCCCCACGGCCCCGGCCCGUGCAGGCCGGCAGCCCCUCGCUGCCCACACUGACGGGCCUCUCCGCAGUUACCGGGAGCCUGGCGGCCGCGGGCGCUGGGUCCCCCUGCCUGAGGAGCGGGCGCUGCAGCGGGCCUGGCGGGACGCGGCUUCUGGCCCCGAGGGGCUGCAGCUGCGGUGCCGGGUGAGCCUCGGGGAGCCAGGGCCUGGGCCUGCGUGGGGCAGCCUUGGGGGAGGAGGGCCCAGGGCCCUCCGGUGCCGGCUGACCCUGCGGUGUCCCUCCGCCACAGGCAGUAGACGGCCGGCCGGUCCUCUGCCAGGUGGUGGCCCGGCACAGCUACUCUGCCCAGCGGCCCGAGGACCUGGACCCGCAGCCGGGGGACACUGUGGACGUCCUGUGUGGAGGCGGGGCAGGCGGCGCCCUCUCCCCGUCACCGGCUGGGGCCACCGGGGCAGGCGGGGUCCGCGAGCGGACGUGGCAUUGUGCCCUGUCCCCUGCAGUGGACCAGGCGUGGCUGGAGGGCCACUGUGAUGGCCGUGUGGGCAUCUUCCCCAAGUGCUUCGUGGUCCCGGCUGGCCAUUGUGCGUGAGGAGCC